AUGUUUGAAACACAAGAGCCUUCCGAUACAACGGCAUCAUCAUCCACUCCUCUUGUGGCCACUUGUUCAUCAUCAUCAUCAACCACAUCAGCAACAACAACACAAUCCGAUAACUCUCUUUUAGGAGUACUUGCUCUAACAAGCGCGGUCGUUGAACAGUCGCAUCAACAAGAUGCACAAGCCUGCUUUGACCAAGAGCUUGGAUCAUCAUCGGUAACAAUUGCCAACAGUACACGAGCAACAACAAGUAGUAGCGGUACUGGAGAUUUAUCAUCCCAAACUUCAGAAGAAGCCUCACCUCUCCCCACCCAUCCACAACAACCUAUUAAAACCAUUGCUUCCGAUAAGUCUCUGUUGGACACAAUUUCAAAUAUUGUACCAGCGGUUCAUUUGACCAACUUGUCGACUCGAAAUAACAAUACGUCAAUCAUGGAGUUUGAAGAAUCUGAACCAGCUCAUUCACCAAGAAGAAGUACACGAAAGAAAACUCCAAAGAAACAUUUCAGUCCUGGACCAAUAGCGUCAUCAUCAACAACAGACGAAGGAAAUGAUGUCAUCAUGUAUUUACAUGACGACGGACAAGAUCCAUCGCAACAAGUAUCAUACUUGUUUGGCCCACCUUGGUCACAAGAAGAAUUAACAUCAUUUCUUGUUGCUUUUCAUCAAUAUAAGAAUGAUUGGGAAAGCAUUAAGGAAGUUCUGCCAAAUAGAACAACUGAAAUGAUUCAAGGAUUAUAUGAAGUUCAUAAGCGAUUUAUUGAACUCGAUUGUACAAUUGAUGUGAAAAAAUUACAAUUUUAUGAAAUCCAUCAAGAUUAUAUUCAUAAUAGUGUACCACAUCACGUCACAAGAGCUCAAAAAACAAAGAACUCAGCAAAGAAACGAACAAAUGAGUUUUCAGAGAAUACAUCACCAUCUAAAAAGAAACUUGGUUCACCAACAAGACAACGAUUUGCCAAAUCUCCAAAAAACUCCAAUUCAAAAACCAUUUCACUUUCCACUCCACCCACCACUACCUUAUUUCAAACCAACGUGAAAAGGAAGCAGAAAAUCAUCUUUGAACCAUUACCAGCUGAGUUUAUCGAAUCAAGCAUGAGUGGUUCAGCAUCAGGUGAAGCUGAAUCUGUAGCCACAACAUUUGGCUCAACUCAAAGCAGCAACAACUCUUCGACAAGUGGCAACAAUACUUCUCUCAUCCUUUGCUCGACUUUAUCACAAGAACAACAAGCACCACCUUCCUCUCCUACCACAAUUACUGUUGGGACUACUACUAGUAGCAACAGUAGUAGUGGUGGUAUGGCCUCCAAUGCUCCCAUCAAUCUUCAAUCUCCAUUAAGCCCAACAGCAACUAGUAGUGCUGAUUUAUCCUCUCUUGCAAUACUCUCUCCUGAUAGCAAAAAGAAUUAUGAAAAGAAUAAGAUGCUUCCUAUAAAGUUAAGAAAGAAAGGUACACAUGGUAAUCCUCUCCUGAAACAUGUUCAAUUGAUCAAUGGAGAUCAAAAUGACACGGAUUUGAUUGAGGCUGCUCAAAAUUCUGGUGUUAAAAUGUACAAAAUUCUUACGAGAAAAAAGACAAGAGCAUUUUGUGCUUCUGAAUGGUUUUAUCCAACCAUUGAUUUUGGGUUUUAUGACAAGAAUGAAUUUGUUGAAUGUUUAUCAAGUUUAGAUGAACCGUACAAGAAUAGAAAAAUUUUCAAAAAAUCAGAAUUGAAAGGUUUGCGUGUGGAAAUGUGUAAAAAGUUUGGAAAACCUCGAAGAUUAUCGCAAGCUUUUUUAAAACAAGAGAGAGCCAAAUUAGAAUUAUAUCGAGGAUUUGCAAGAGAUUAUUAUCAACGUUACAAACAAGUGUAUCAAGUUUCUCAAAAGUUAGUCAUGAGUAGUGCUCAUGAUAGCAGUGGUCACUCCAUGGUUGUGAAUCCUAAUGAAUCAUCCUCCAUGAUUACUCCAUUCACUCCACCUGCUGUGGUCAUGGAGCCUCACUUAACCAUGGAAUUAUCAUUUGUGGACCAAUUACCUUAUCCUUUUAAAAAGAAUGAACAAGUUCUUGUACUCAAUCCUGAAACACAACAUGUACAAUUGGCAACCAUUAUGGAUGACACUCCAAUUUCUAAAACAGAUUACAAGAUUAGAUUUAAUUACUCGAAAGAAGAACGUAUUGUACAAGACACGGACAUGAUGCAAAUUGGAACAGUUUCAUUGUUACCUGUUCAAAAGAGAGAACUCAUUCCACAACAACAACAACAACAUGCGUAUCUCAAUACGAGUUUCUCAUCUCUGAUGAUUCAAUCACAAUCAGCACACACAAGACCUCUUCACACUUUGUUACAAGAUCAUGGAUCCAUGAUACACCCUCAAACACCUCCAAGAAAACGAGAAGGUACCAAUAUUAGUUUUUUAUCUUCGGGAAAUGAUACUUUGAUGAACACGAGUUUACUUUCGUCGUCGUCACCGACACAACAUUCUCCAUUUCACUUUCCAACAUCGAAUAAUCUCUUCCAGAGUCCACCACAUCCAACCAGUGUAUCGAUGGGUGAUCAUGGUGGUAUGAUGGCCCAUACAGAGGUUGCCUUACAACAAACACCCAACAAGAAACCAUCCACCUCACAACUUGUCUCUCCAAACAGUCAUCAUCAGUUAUUUUCAAGUCCACUCCUUGGUGGCGCUAGUGCUGGUAUUGGCAGUGGUGCUAGUGCUGGUGAGGAACAUCAAGAUUUUAUCAUGAUGGCUGGAUCUCCUUCACAAGUACCAACCAUAACAUGUUCAAACUUACUUACCGUGAGUGGUGGUGGACAUACAAUCAUGUCAGCAUUAUCAUCUCCACCACUCAUUACUCCUGGAAUGAUUGAUUUGAAUCAUGCAUCCCCAGAAAUUAUUCGUAACAUUGCCAAGUGCAUUGUGUUGUUACGAAAAAAACAUGAACUUGUGAAAAGCUUUAAACAAAAGAAUGAUCGAGCUCGAAUGUUAUUACUCGUUGCACAUGGACAGGAACAACAGAAUUCUGUAUUUGACCGAGAUUUUUGUAUUGAUUAUACGAAAAUUGUUCUCGACUUGAAACAAGUGAACACUGAAUUAGAAACAUUAUUACCUCUCAUGAGAGCAUAUUGUUCAACACCAUCCUAUGCAACUACUAAUUAUCCCAUCAACAAGAUAUUUUCACAAUCCAUUUCCAAACAAGCCAGUAUCAUUUCAGAAAAGUUUGGAACCAAUCAAAUGUUUCAAGACAUCUUUGAACUCAAUCGAGAACAUGCUAAGGAAAUUGUUAAUACUAUAUCAAGUCAAAUUUUAAAACAAUUUCCAAUGGAAGGCUCUCGAUUGAAUAUUCCCUCUUCAUUUUCUCAAUCUGCAAUCAAUCAGAACUUUACUGAAAAGAUUUAUAAUUGCAUUGCUCUAUUACUUCAUUUAAGAAGCUGUUGUAUGAAUCCAGGAGUAUUCAAAGAUAGUGAAAUUGAUCUCUUCAUUGAGGCAGGAUUAAUGGCGUUACAGGAUCAACCCUCUGCCAAUGAUGGCGCUCUGAGAGAAAUUUUUGUAGCCCUCAAAGAUUAUUUUUUGAAACCACAACAACAACCUCAAUCAUCAUCAUCCCUCGGAGUGCAGCAACAGCCUCAAUCAUCAUCCUCUAUCGGAUCAAACUCUUCGUUGCUACUUGUACCACCAUCAUCAUCGAUCCAUCAUCAUCAUCAUACUCCACAACAUUUAUCAUCAACGCUGCCAUUGACCUAUCCAACCUAUGCACCACCACCUCAUUAUCACCAAUACCAUCAUUGA